AUGCUUCAUGGUUCGCGUCACUGGGAGGCCUUGUACACAUCAUGUCGACGAGCUGCCAGCAGUCUUGCGCCUCGGCGCAGCCUCCUCACCCUUGCGAUUGAGUCCUCCUGCGACGACACCUGCGUCGCGAUCCUUUCGAAAUGCAGAACGUCCAGUGACCCGCAACACGUGAAGACGCGAUUACUCUUGAAUGAGAAGGUCACUGCCAAAAACACCGGCAAAGGCGGCAUCCUCCCCACCGAGGCACUCGAGAGUCACCAGGCGAACCUCUCGAAACUGCUGGAGAACGCGCUGCCAUCGCUACCUGACGCCAACGAUGCACUCCCCCACGCAAAGAGAAUAUGGCUUCGGGAUGGUGCCCCGAAGCAAAAGCCAGACUUUAUAUCGGUGACGAGGGGGCCGGGAAUGUCAGCUAAUCUUGGUGUCGGGUUGGCCACGGCCAAGGGACUCGCGACGGCAUGGCAGAUACCAAUUGUCGGCGUCCAUCACAUGCAAGCCCAUGCUCUGACACCAAGGCUGGUCUCUGCGAUGGCGAAGGGCCGAGAUCCUGAGAAAGGUUCUCUGGGGCCAAUGUUUCCAUUCUUGACGUUGUUGGUUAGUGGCGGGCAUACAAUGCUACUCUAUUCGAAAGGUCUGGUAGACCAUAAGAUCUUGGCUACCGCAACCGACACAGCCGUUGGAGAUGAAUUGGACAAAUGCGGACGCCUCAUCCUUCCCCAAGAACUGCGGCAGAGCACCCCGGAUACUGCGUUUGGCAAGUACCUCUCCAGGUACGCCUUCAAGGAUCCAGAAGAGUUCGAGUCCUGGGAUGUGCCUCAAACGCGCAUUGAAGAGAUCAAUAAGCCCAUGAACGAGUUUGGAUGGAGAUUGACAACCCCAAUGGCUCAAAACAGAGAUCUGGCCUUUAGUUUCUCAGGCAUUGCGAGCCAGAUCAAAAGGAUGAUACUGGCAAGGGAAAAAGAAAACCGUCCAAUGGAGGACCGAGAGCGGAUUCUAUUGGCCCGGUCCGUCAUGGGUACGGCGUUCGAGCAUCUGGGUUCGCGAACCAUCAUUGCGUUGGAGAAACUCCGAGCAGAGGGCGUGGAAAUUCCCGCCCUGGUUGUGAGCGGAGGGGUCGCGGCGAACGAUUUCCUGCGCUACUACCUGCGAAGACUUUUGGAUGCGCGAUCUUUUGAGCGAAUGAGGCUGGUGUUUCCACCCAUUGAGCUGUGCACGGAUAAUGCUGCGAUGAUUGGGUGGGCGGGUAUGGAGAUGUUCGAGGCUGGAUAUACAACGGACUUUGGCUGUGCACCCGUGAAAAAGUGGACAAUGGACAGCCAAGGGCCCGAUGGAGGGAUCUUGGGGAUUGGAGGGUGGCUAACGAACUAG